GAUUCCCGUAUACGACGCUCCCAAAAGAUAACGAACUUAACAAACUUAUAAGUUAUAAAUCCUAACAGGUAUCUUUCUCUCUUCUCAUUUCUCACUGCUAAAUGCUCAUGAAAAAUCGCACACACUCUCUUUCUUUCUUUAGUUUCUUUCUUUACACCGUUUCAGCCACAUCCAAUUCGAAUCAAUUCAACAAUGGCCGCUGUGGCUUCACCUUCCUCCAGAAACCAAACGCCGUCCUCCUCGCGCUCAUUUUCCUACCCCUUCGCUUCAUACACCUCCGCCAAUUUCGCUCCCGGAGUCUCCCCCAUCGUCCCCACGCGCUUCUCCUCCUCCUUUGGCCACCAUCGGCGUUGUUCUUCCACCUCUUCGCCGCCGUGUCCAGCAUCCGUGAGAUUCUCCUCGGAGCAACCACCAGGUUCCCCCGGGCAACGCUCCACGGCGAUAAACAAGAAUCAGAGGAAAACCGACGCGAUAUCAUCUUCGACGUCGAAUCACCAGAGAAGGACGUGCAUGUGUUCACCUACGACGCACCCUGGCUCCUUCCGCUGCUCCUACCACAAACGCCUCGCCGAACAGCAGCAGAAAACGGCGUUGCUUCAUUGUGCUUCUUCUUCGAGUGGUAACACCCUAAAUCUUCGAAGAUUGGCGAUGCAGAACUCGCUGGUGCGAAUCGGAGGAGUGGAGGGCGAGCUGGUGAAGAAAGCUCUGUGUGCUCUGAUCAGACCCUCCUCCCACAACCGUCGCCGCCGUGAAGCCUUUCAGCCAAGGCCGAGCCGCCUCUCCGUCAUGUCCAAGGCAGAAGAUUACUGACAUUCUCUUCUUUUUGUUUCUUUGUUGAUCAAAUCAUCCUUUUAAUUUUUUUGCAAAAGGAGGAUGCAUUAAAAAGAAAAAAAAAAAGGUUCUAUUGUGUGUGUUCUGAAUCUGAGGCAUAUUGUUACUCUCUUGGAAGACUGGGAACCUUUAUUUUUUUGGUACGCCCAGUGGAAAAUUAGGACAGAGUUACCUGUAAAGUUAAGUUGAGUAGUGCCUGUGAAUAUUUUUUUUUGCCUUGUGAUUGUGAUGUUGAAUUUGUGAAUAGUAUUUCUCUUUGAAAAGAAAUAAGAAGGAAGACGUUCAUGUUUCUA